UCUAUAUUAAAUAUUAGUGAGAAAAUAGUAAAAUCUAUAAUAUUUAAUAAAAUUUAUUUUUAAAUAUAAGUUAGAUUUAAAAAAUUUCUUACUGCACAUGGUGUAGAAAAAUACCUAGUUGCAAAUAAUAUCUAGGGGAUUUGUUUACAUCAAUAGACAAUGAUCUGGAUGAGAAAUAAAUGAGAAGAUUUUAUUCCUUUUUCUGUUAUGUUGAUAUUUUUCUAUUCAAACUUUUUCGGUCAAAAUCAUAUUUCUAGUUACUAUUUACAGGUUUAUGCAAUUUAUAAAUACAUCAUUUUUAUGGUCAACUAAUGGACAUUAAACUAAAUCUCAGAAAUAUAAAAAAUUUGUUUGGUAAGAAACUGAGUAUUUUUUUUUGAAGGUUUAUAUGGGUUCUUUCAGAUUGAUGGUUACUUUCACUCUUGUUGCUAUGACGGUCAUUUCAUGUGAUCUUUUCAAUGUUGAAACGGGGAUCUUUGUGCAAGCUGCGGGUCCGAUAUGUGGACAAGUUUGUUCUGAAAAAUUUGAAGAUGAAAAAUGCUAUAAAUAUUGUGUAGGAUUGUCUUAUAAAAACGGUUUUUGCUUUCAAUCCGAUCCUAAAACUUCUACACUUCGCUGUUGUUGUGCAAACGAAUAAAAUAUGUAAUAUGUCCUCUCUCAUCAAACAUGUUGUGUCCUCAAGUCUUUAACUAUGGUGUUCUCUUUUUCGGUGGAAAGAUCAAAUAAGUGUGAACGUCCGUUAAUGUCAUUUGCGUAUUAUAUAAUGAUUUUGCUUUUAAAAUGCUAA